AUGUUUUUAUUGUACUUUGCAUUGUUUCGUAUUGUUAGAAGUGAUAGUAGUGAUUUAUCCGUCACCGAUAUAGCCAAAACACUUAUAUCCAUACUUAAUAAUGAAGAAAACGAAAGAAUUAAGGAACUAAAGGACAAGUUGAAAGACAUUAAUAAAUAUGUAGUUGAUAAAGACAGACACGCUGAUCUUCUCCUUAACGAAGCGGCGACUACAAAUUUAAAUGAAACUAACUUCUUUAAAGCACUCAAUGAGUCAGAUAAUUUUAACUUUUUAACAGACCGUGAACCAAAACAUUUAUAUUUGAAAUUAAAAGAGAAAAUGAAUAGAGAUGAUAUUAUGAAGAUUUUGUCAGAAAAGGCGGAAAAUAGUCAACUUGUGAAAGCGGCUAGAAGGAUGAUGGAGAAUGAUCAUGGGCAAAAGCGAGUAAUAGAUAACGACGUAAUUGACAAUAUUGUGGAUAAAAUGAUUGCGGAGACACCGAGAGAUGAUCAUAAGUUCAAUGUUAGUGAUAACAAAUAUUGGGAUCCACAAGGUGAACUGGAAGAUUUGAAAGAAUAUCACAAACACGACGGGAGGAGAAUUUUCAAGGGAGAGAGAACCACAAUUAAGCAUUACCCAUUUAUGGUGUCUAUUCAUGUCAUGGGGAGGUUUUGGUGUGGUGGAGUGAUAUACUGGCAUGAUCUAGUCAUCACUUCAGCUUCUUGUUUACAACUUAUGCACAACAACAGAUUUUUCCGUGAAAAUCCCAAGGCUUUGUACGUUAGAGUUGGGAGUAACCACAGCCGAAUUGGUGGGGAGGCUAUAAAUGCAUUAGAGGUAUACUUUCACCCGGGCUACAACCCCCGGACUCUACGGCACAACAUCGCCAUCGUUAGAUUGCGUCGUCAUUUGUUUUUCGGUUAUCAUCGCGUGCCCAAGGUCAUUGACAUCUCGCAAAGCGCUCACGGGCUAGCUCCUACAUCGGAGGUCCUAGUAUUGGGAUGGGGGGUUACUAAGCAUGACGCGGGAGGCCCUGCCGUCCUGGCUGGUAAACUUGUGGGUAUCAUCUCUUUUGGUCCGACUGUUUGCGGUUAUCCUAACGUACCAACCGUCUUCACACUUGUAGGCGCUUAUACAGAUUGGAUUGAAACAGUUAAUGAGACUAUGCCCGAUUACUUCCGCGGCAGAAAACGGACAACAACUAUAGAUCCAAUACCUCUAUUCGAGGACCUGCAGUUCAGCAAGUUAGAGCUGAACCGGUUCACGUCAAGAGAGACAGGGGCUACUGCACCUAGGACACCCACCACAAGUGCUGCAAAUCGUCUGAGGAAUAUGGCACUUCGACACGAUGAAGGCUGGAGUAUCGAAUUGGAUUAA